AUGGAACAACUAUUCAAAUUAAUAAAUCUAUUAAUACAUCCAGCUUCCACACAACUUUAACUCAAAAGUAUAAUUGUUCUAAUCACAGUCAUAAAUAAAGCAUAAGAACUUGAAAUGGUAAAGAAUUUUGAAUUGAAUUAUAAAACUGAAAUGAAGUAUAAAAUUUGAUAUGCUCAUUAGCCCUAUCUAAAGUAUUAUAAGUUACUGCUUCAUUAUAGAUUCUGUUUCAUCCGCUUAACAUAUCCUAAUAAUUUCCCUUUUCUUUAUUGUUCAUAUUUUAUUGAUUCUGAUGUUAACCUAUUUUCACUAUGUGAGGAAUAAAUCAAUCACAUUGUAAUACAUCUUGCAUUCAUUUUUAACAUAUUACUAAUUACUCUUUCAAAUUCCUAUUAUUUAUUCAGCAUUAAAGUUUGUUUAUGAUUAAGAGAUUUGCAAUAAUAGUGAUCUUUGUAAUUCAGAUAGCAGAAUAGGAGUGAUAUUAAUAGGAUCAUUUAAUAUUAUAUUCACUUUGAUCUUAAAUUCAAUACAUAUAUAUUUUGGAAGAUGUGAAAAAUUAAUGGAAGAUAAUUAUAUUUUAACAUUGGAUUAUUCCAUUAUUUUAAAUGGUAUUAUGUAAGUUUUGGUAUUAAUUACAAUUGUUUUAAAAACAAUAGAAAUACUACCAGAAUUGAGAUUUGCAUUGAUCUUAAUAAAAAGUUUGAUAUACGUUAUAAGUUCAAUUAACAGAAUAAAUCAAUUCUCAUAUAUAUUAGUAGAGACAGUUGCAGUUGGGUUAAAUAUAUCCAUAUCAUUUAAUUUUAGUAUUUAUGAAUUAUUUUUAAUUAUCUCAUUUUUAUUAUGUUUGUGUAUAUAGAUUCAGAAUAGAAUAAUGAAUUUUCAUAUAACUUUGAAAGAAUAAUUAAAUUUAGUUACACUUUAAGUAUAAAUUUCAAAUAUAUAUAGAUUUUAGAAGAAAGUAAUGAAAUGAGUGCUUUACCAAAAUCAAAAAUCAUAUUAUCAGUCAUAAAAAAGAAUCAUAUAUGUAAAAAAUGUAAGAAUUCUCAUUAAUUGGUUGAAUGUUUAUUACGUAGAAUGGCCAAUACAUCCAUAAAUGGAAAUUAACUUUAUAUUUUACUUUAUUGUUCUUAUGUAGCAAAUCAUGCUCCAUUAAAGGCAUUAAUUAGAUUGAUUCUAAUGACUUCAGAUGAUAUUUAUUAUAGAAUAGCAUCUCAUAAUUUAUAAUAGGAAUUAUACAAAAGAACUUAAUAAUUUUAAAAGGAAGCAUAAAUUAAGAAUUCAAUUAGAAAUGCUAAUGAACAUUUGAAUUCAUUAGAUGUUUAAUCAGCAUUUCAUACUUCACAUUCUGCAGCUAUGUUAUUUCCUCUCAUUAUUGAAACUUUAAAUGGCAAAAUCAAUUUUUGGAAUAAAUUAAUAAAUGGUUAUAGUGAUAUUGAUCAUUGUUUACAUGAAGCAUUAAAGACAACUUCUAAAAUGCUUAGAUGUAAAAAAGAAUUUGAAAAUAGAUUUGAUAUGAUAAAUAAUAGAUUAAAAGGAUCUUCAACAUAGGAUAUUUUAUCAAUGAGAAUCAUAUAAAUCUAUCAAACUGGAAUUUAUUCUAAUUCAUUUUAAGCUUUUUAAUUAGAGAAAGCUAUAGAUGAUCUAUUAAAAAGUGAAAGAUAUAAAUAAGAUGAAUCAUUAGAUAACAUUUAACUUAUAUAAAGUAUACAUAUAUAAAUUAUUUUAAAGAUAGAUUAAUAAUCUUAAAAUCAAGUUUAGUACGUAAAAGAGGUGAAUUAGUAAAUACUAAUAGUAAAUAAUUAUCAUAAUUUUUGGGUGAAUCUGAAGAUAAUGUUAAAUUAAUUAAACACUGUAAUCAAUUGAUGCCUAAUUUCUUAUAAAGUAUUCAUGAUUAAUUAAUGGAUAAUUAUUUAUAAAAUGGACAUUCAAAAUUAAUGGUUCAUGGAGAAUCAACAUUCUUUUAAAAUAUAUAAGGAUAUAUAGAACCUUGUAGUAUAAAUUUGUAUAAUUAUUUUGAUUCAAAUAAAAAUGACUUUUUGUUAAAUAUGAUUUUAACUAAAGAAUAAUCUAAUAAUGAAACAAUAUUAUUUGGAGUAGAUGGAAAGAUACUUGGAUUCACUAAGUAAUUUUAUGAUGAAGCAUUAAAAUCUAAAACCAAAAUUGAAAGUUCACAUAUGUCUAAACGUACUGAUAAUACUGUUUAAUAAAUGGAAGUCAAAGAACUUUUAGCAAGAUAUCCAUUAAUUUAAUAUUAUAUACCAUCUAUAACUUAAUAAGUUGAAGAAUUAAAAGUUUAAAUUAAUUCAUCUUCAAAUUACCUUAUGAAUAAUCUAAGAUCUUAUUGGAUUAUUCCAUCAAAUCAUAGUGAUUGUCUUUUAAAUUCACAAUUAAUAUUAUCAUAAUUUAAAAGAAGGAGUAAUGGUUCUUAAGCAUAAUUUAACUUGAGAUCUUAUAAAUCAUAAACAUAUUCUAGAUAUUCUUAAAAUUCUGUGAAUACUAAUAUAGAAAUGUAUGAUGAUUAAGAAAUUCCAUUAGAAAUUAGAAAAUAAAUUCUAAUUGAUAAUACUCCAAUUAUACUUUUACAUCCAGAAGUAUAAGAAUCUGUUAAAAAAUUGGUAGAAUUCGAUAAUUAAUCAUAAUUUAUGUAAUUAGGUUUAUUUUAUAGUCUUUCAUUUAAAGUAUUGAAAUAUAAAAAAGGAACUUAUGCUUAUUUUAUGGUUUCUAUUAAAGAAAUGAAACAUUUAUAAUUAUAGAAUAUAAAUUAACAUUUUACUACAGUUCCAUCUUAAACCACUUAAUAAUAAAGUAUAUAUCCUUCAUAAGAUUUGAACAGUAGUGAUUUAUUCCCAAAAAGUGAAGUUGUUGAAAUUAAUGAAUCUUAAAAUGGCAAUAUUUAAGAGAUAAAAAUGAUGAAUUAAAUGAAAUCUGUCAAGUAAUAUGAUAAUGAAGAUAUCAAUAAUAAUAAUAUUUUAGAUAAUUCAAAAUCAUUCGAAAUGAGUUUUAAAGUAAAAUAAUCUGAUAGAUCCAAUAUAUUUGAUUCAAGUAGAUAAAUGAUUGUUUAAUAACCAUUAUAUGUUAAACCUAGACAAUUAGAUAAAUUAUGUAAUUAAGAAUUUGAGUAAUUGGAAAAUGAAAUGCAUGUAUAUCUUAAUCAUAUUAUUUAAGGGAUUAAAAGAAAGAUAAUUAGAAUUACUAGAUGAAAAUGAAUAAGAAAUAGUUAAUGAAAAAUUUGAAUCUAAUAGUUAAACUCUAAAAAAGAACUCCAUCUUAGGUAAACUAAGAAUAGCCUAGAUGUAAAAGAAAGAAAAUGCUAUUGAUUUUGCAUCUAAUCCAUCUAGAACUUCUACAAAUUCAACAUCUAAGGAAUCUUUACUAAUAGUUUAACAAUUAUAUUAUAAUACUCAACUCAUUACUCCACUUAAAAAAAUAGCAUUUAUACUAUCAUUAAUAUGUCUAGCUAUUUUGACUGUAGAUAUAAUAAAUGUUUAAAUGAUAUCAACAAAUUUAGUAUCUUAAACGGAUUAAGUUGUUAAUCUGAGAAAACCUCAAAAUAUUAAUUACUUUUAUUCUUCAGCUAUGUAUUAAGAAUGGACUCAAUAUAUUUAAACUAUGAAAAUACUUUCCUUAAGUCCUUUUAUGAAUUAAAGGAAUGAAGAAACGUUAAGUUAAAUGUAUGAUUAUGCAAGAUAGGAAAUGAUUAAUUUAGCAAUUUAAGUACCUAAAUAAGCAUAGGAUUUGAAUGUCAAGACAAUAUUCAAUUUUAAGUAUAUAGAAAAUGGAGUCAUUAAAUAUCAAGACCUUCCAUUAUAAGAUUUUUAUUAAGUCAUCUAUUAAACAGCUGAAACUUCAUAUAGAAAUAAUUUGGGAAAAUAAUAAUUCUUAUAUCCAGAUAUGUUAACAACAGGAAUAAUUAGAGUAAAUUUAUGGUAAAUGGUAGAUUUACAUAAUCAACUUAUUUAGAUAAUAAUGUAAAAUACAAUAGAUACUUAAUCUUAAGUAAGAUCAUAUUUUUUGACUGUUAUGAUGGCUGAAUUAUUUUCAGUAAUAUUUUUUAUAGGACUUUAAUUAAAAUAUUGGUUAUUCAUUGAUCAUAUAUCAAAAUCUAUAUUAUUUUUAGUAUCUCGUUUAAAUGAAAAUUAAUCAAUAGAUUAAAUUAAUAGGCUCUCUAUGAUAAAAGAAUAGUUAGAAAAUGAAAGUUCUAAUACAUGGAAACUAUUUAAUUUUGGAGAGAUUAUGUUUGAAUUUUCAGAUAAGAAAUCAAAAAAAGUAUAAUUAAAGUAAUCAAUUUCAAUUUAAUCUACAUAAAAUAAUUAUCGAGCUACUAGUGCUUUAUAUUCUAGAAUAUAGAAAACGUAUUAUUUAAAUAGAACAAAUGUAAUAAUAACAUUUUUAUUGGCUAUAACAUGGUCUGCCUUUUUAAUGGCAGGAUAUCUUAUACAUAUGUCUUAUAAUGACAAUUUCUAACCAUCUUUAACUGUUACAUUAAAAUUUGUAUAAUUUAGACAUAACAUGGAUUCAUUAGCUUUAAUUGCAGGUCUUACAAAAACAGAACCUUUAAUUCCAAAUUAUAAUUUAAGUUUCAUUAAUUAAACUUUAUCAACAUCUCUAUUGAUCUAAUAUAAAGAUAAUUUAUUACCAUUAAUAAAUGAAAUAGCUGAUGUUAUUUUAACAAAUGCAAAUGCCAAUAAUAAAAACAGUAUUUUUGAUGGUGUACUAAAUUAUGAUUUAUGUUUAUCAACUAAUUUAGAUAAUCUUCCAGUUUGUGAUUUAUCAAAACAAUCCUUAGCUUAUGAUAAGUAAUAAUUAUUUGAUUUACAAUAGGAAGGAUCUAUAUUUGGAUAUAAUUAUAAAUGGUGCUCUUGGAUUUACAGCAGCAUUUGUUAAAUUUAUAAAUUAAGAAUAUGAUUAUGAAAUAAAUAACUUGAAAUAUAGUACAAAUCUAGAAGAUUGCAGAAUCACUGCAUAAUCAUAAUAAUUUUAAAAUUUUAUCUUAUAAUAUUUUACUGAUAUCUAGACAGCUAUGAGAUAAUUUUUAGUUUUAUUUUAACAAGACAAUGCAAAUAUCAGUUAAGGUAUUAUAAGUGUGAUACAAGUUUAUUAUUAUGGAUUCGGAUUAAGGUAUAAUGAUAUUAAUUAUAAAUCAGUUUAUUUGCAAUAUAUUGUACUUUGAGUUUUAUAUGGAUAUAUAAAUAGCAAUAAACAAUUUAAUCAUUAAGAUAGAUUUUAGUACUUAUUCCAGUCGAUCUGAUAUUAACUGCAAACAUUAGAAGCCAAGCAAAAGAAAUUCAUUAAAUGUUAUACUGA